AUGCGCACCAGAUCCCACGGAAAGCGAGAUAGCCUACGCUGCAAAGGAGAAGAACGAAAAGGAGACAGAGAAGGAUACCCAGACGCUGCAGCGUCUGGCGGCUCCGCGACUUCGUCAAGUGUACGGGGUGUUUCGGAUGAGGAGACAGGGCGGAAAGGACACACGCGUUCCCAUCGGACACUCUCCGGUCGCCUAGGUGUCUCUCGCUCUGCUUUAGAUAGGCCUUCGCCUGUGCUGGAGCCGUCGUCGACGCUGGGUCGCUACGUGGAAGCUCGCAGGUUCGAGGAGAGCGCGCAGAUUUUGUCUUCUCUGUCACCUUCGUCUCUGGCUGAUCUGUUUGUUGAUCUCCUCCACCGUUUACAUACUCUCUCUUCUGUCUCGAUCUCUCGUUCGGCUUCGACUUCUCCGGCGCCUCCCCAGUCGCAGCUUUCCAUUUCCUUCCAGGAUAUCUCUUCCUCUUCUUCCUCUUCUUCUCUUUCUGUCGACAAUCCAGCCGGUUUGCUCUCGCUGGCUGCUACGAACUUUCUUCUCGCUGCUGAUGCGUUGUCGUCGCUGGUGAAGGUUCCGAGACGCGGGGCCGAGAAGCGGGUCGAGUUCCUGGGGGAUGUGCGAGAAGAGGAAGGCGAGACGGGCGGAGAGGAAACCCGCGUCGAUCGCUCUUUCUGUCCGGAAGGAGAUAACGUCGAAGAACUUGGAGAGGAAGGGAACUUUGAGAACUUGGUUUUCCGAUGCCAAAGCAGUCUCCUUGCAUUUGCUCUCCUCGCUCCCGAGGUGGUGCACGAGGCGUUCGAUGUCUCUCUCUUCGGGCUUCUCUUCCCCCCUCGCCAGAAAGAAGACGAGAGGAUUCGGAGUGCAUUUCUCUUCUAUUCGUUUCUGCUGUCUUCGCGUUCACGGAAACGCGAAACAGAAACAGAAUGCGCAUGCAGUGCGCAGGUGUCUUCGAUGCGCUCUUCUUCGCGGUGUUCUUUGUGUGCAGUUGAGGGGAAUCGCGACGAGAGUCUACGGGUUUGGGCAGACUGUUUUCUGUCUUUGCUGUCUUCCGCCGAAGAGCGCGAAGGGAGGCGGAUUCACAUCGACACCGUGAAGAGUUUAAGCAACUCCACACUGCGGACGGUGCUCUGCUGUCUCUGGAGGGAUGGCCUCGUUGGCCUACCGCGCCUCGACUUGGCGGAGUCGGAAAGCAAAGAAGACUCGCCCCGGGCGAAGAUGCGAGAGGGAGUGAGGGCGAGACCAGAGAGAGACAGAGACAUUCGCUGGGUUCAAGCGACGCAGGAGAAGAGGAGCCGCGGAAGAGACCAAGAGAGGGAAACGAAACAGAAGGAUGAGGAUGCUGAUGAUGCAACAGAGCAGAGCGACAGACAAGCGAUCGAAACGGGAGACGAGGAGCAGGAAGAGGAAGGAGAGAAGAUACCGAGACGAACGGAAGAAAUGAGAAUCGUUCAUGCAUUGCUGGUCGAGGUUUUGCCUGUCUGGGCAGACGACGAUUCUCUGACGCACGACACCUUGCUCGUCCUCACGGAUGUUGCCAAACGUUUCCUUUCUCUCUCCCAGUCUCUUUCUUCCUCUUCUCUGCCGUCGCUUUCGCGCACCGCUCCUCUCGAUGCCGAGCGUUCUCUGAUUCACGCGUUUCUCUCUCGGCUAUUCGAGAGGCAAGGCCGGUGUGCUCUCGGAAUGCUCCUCCCUCUUGUCGCGCUCUCGGCGGCCAAUCCCCACGCGCGCCUGUCCUCAAGUUGCUCAUCGCUUCUUUCGUCCUUCAGGGGCUCUUCCGCAGAGAUCGUUGAACUCUGGACGGCGUUGUGGGCCUUUUCGCUCCGGUGUCUCCUGCAUGUUUUGCCUUCUCCCUCUGCUCCCAAGUCUCUCCCCCUCUCCGCAGUCCUUUCUUCGAGUCCGCCGGCGCCACGUUUUUUCCAUUGCGGAGUCGCCGCCCUCGUGCAGUUCGUCUCUCUCUUCCUCUCAGCUACCGAAACGAUGACAGACUCUCGCCUCAGCUCUUCUUCUUCUGGGUCCGCACGCUCUUUGGACGCUCGUUCUCACUCUACGGCAUUUGAGCUCUGCCUUCGUGUCGCCUGCUCUCCGAUUCGGCAGGCUCGGCGAAGCCUGGCAGCUACAGGCGAGAGGUCCAGGGUGGCGAAAAAAAAGGAGAAUGCACCAGGCGAAAAGCCGACUUCGCCGUCUCACUCCGACGCCGACGAGGAGAAUGCUGGGCUGCACAAGUCACCGCUGGAGUCUGCUGCGUCUGAGGCAGUCGAGGAAGAGACAGGCGAAUCAACUUCUUUCUCGAGCUCCACGCGCCUGUCUAUGUCUCCAAGAUCUUCCUUUUCUCUGCCGAUCUGCGCUCCGCAUCCUGCGCCAGUGGAGCGACUUCUCGUUGUUGCAUGCGCGGCUGUCUGUCUUCUUCGUCUGAUUGUCGAUGAAGCUCCCGCGCUUCUGCGCUCACCUCUCGGGCGUUCGGCCCUUCGUUCGGUUUCUGUGUUUCUUCUGUCGGCGGCGAGGUCGAUUCGGCAGGCGACUGCGGACGGUUCAUCACCGCUGCCUCGCCUCAUCCACGAAGAGCAAGAGCGAGAAGGAAAGAGGAGUGGGGAGGGAGAAACGGGAAAGGAGGAAGAAAAGGAAGCAAGAGAAACGGAGGACGGAGAAGAAAAGGUAGAGGGUGAAGGAACGCGACAGGCGGAAGAAAAGGAAGAGGGUGACGGGCGUCGCUUUCGAGACUGUGAAUUCGCGGAUGAGAAUACUGGGAUAUGGGGAGAGAACGGAGAGACACGUUGUCUUUCUCCUGAAGCAUUUAACUUUGCGCAAUGGGCCGAGAGUUUAGCUGAACACUUGAUGAAGAAACUGAAAGAAGAGGUAAGGGAGAAGGGAGAAAGCAGACAAACGAGUUCUGAUCCCUCGUCUCCCGCUCUGGCCGAGGAAGCCGAGACCGUGUCUCCGUCGACAAAACGCUGCAGGAAAAUCAGACGGUCGACCUCUCUUUCUUCUCUGCCUUCUGCUCCAUCUCGUUCUUCGUCAGUGCGUGGAAGGACAGAAGACGAACACCGAAGGUUGUCUGCGUCUGAGUUUCGGAGCGCAGAGCAAGACACAGAAGACAGAGAAGAGGGAGAUGGCGAAAAAGGAGAGGAAGAAGAUGGGAAACCGGAUGGGAAGAGAGACGACUGGAUCUAUGAGGGUUUGAAAUCGGGAGAGGGAGUUGGCCGUUUUGAUCUGGAGAGAGAGCGAAGGAACGAUAAGCAGUUGAGCAGGAAAGAAAAGGAGACACUCGAUACGCCUUUUUUUUCGGUUUGUCUGAGGGGCGAUUCACAUGUUGGCGAGAAAGAAACAGCAGACCGAUUAAGCGAAUGCGCACAGAGAAGGCUUUCUGAUCUUUCCCUCACAGACCCGCGCUCUGUUUUGGCCAGAAGCGGCGUCGGCGGGUGCAAAGGCGAGGGGAUCUUGUCGGUGGAUUCGAGCGAGAUGAGGGGAGAACACGAAGGAGAGGGGGGCGGAAACAAAGGAGGCAGAGAAGGCGACGAAGAGGACAAAGACAGAAAAAGACAAGGAAGAAAGGAGAGAGACGGCGGCGGAGACGAGCAAGAAACGCGAGGACCAGCCUCGACGGAAGACAAGAGAACAAAAAGAGGGGCUGAGGAAGAGGAAAGAGAGAAAAGGGAGAGAAGGCAGAAAAGGUCGCCUUUGAGAGAGGAGAGACGCGCGCCGAUGGCAGACAGGCAGCGACGAGGGAAGGAAGAGAGGAAAGGCCGGAAAACGGAGAAAGAGGAUGCGAAGAAGACGGACCGAACGCGGGACUCGGAGGGCGAAGAGCAGCGAAGGAGACGGACGAAGGACGAGGGAAGAGUAUCCCUGGCCGAAUGCCGCGAGGAAAAGUUGAAACGAAGGAGCCAAACCGAAACGCGGGACAAACUGAAACCAAGCCAGGUGGACACAGGACACGUUCCCGCCACGGCGCCGCCUCUGCGCGACACUCCAAAGGCGGCUGAAGAUGUUGCCUCACCGACGAGUUCGUCCUCUCCACAAACAGUGCAGCCGCUCUCCAGCUCUCGGUCGUCCGCAUCUCCCACGGAUACCUCUGCACACCGCGGGUCUUUUUCUUCUUUCCCUGCGUUGUCGCCUUCCCCUGUGUUGUUUACGUCCUCCAUUUCUGGUGUUCCUUGUGCACAAUAUCUGACAGCAGAGGCAGAUGCUGUGGGGGGAUUUGAGGCUGCGGAGCGUCGGCGUCUGCUUCAACAGCGGCAGGAAGAAAGGCGGUCGCGGAUGGCUGCGUUGGUGGCGGAGAGGCGAGCGAGCGAGGCGGUCGCGGGUGCGGGGUGUCCGCGAAUCGAGGCCAUUCGGCAGAAGCGGGCGGGCCUCUCUCUUGGCCUCGAGACCGGCCUUGCCAGUCGCGCGGUGGAGAGUCUGCUCCUUCGUCGCCACGCUCGCUCGGCCUGGCUUCCUGGCACGCAUGCGUCGAAGAACCCUUCGCGCGGACCCGGCCGAGCUGGAGGCAAAACAUCUCCUGCGUCUUCGUCGCCCGAGUCUGAAGCUUCGUGGGGGCGGCAGAGCUCGAGGCGGAGCGAAGCGUCGGAGAACACAGCACGCGAGCGCCGCGACUUCCCGAAAAAGGGUCGCACGCCGAGGACACCUGACACCGGCUGCUUCGCAGACGCGUCUUUUGCAGACGAACUGAGGGGAAUACGUUCUUUCCCGUCUUUGGUGAAAGGGCCGGACCCGCGCGAGGCGAGGCCUUCGCUGCAGCCUCCGAAACUUCGCAGGCCGAGAAACGAGGUGAGCAAGCUCGCAAGUGAGGACGGAGACGAAGACGCGCUGGCCCGCCUGGAGGUGAGACGACAUAUUCGGAGACGGCGGCAGAGGCGUCUCUUGCGGCUUCUACUCCGCGAGGAGCUGCGAGAAAGAGAACGCGAAGACGCGUCAAGAAAGGUGCGCGAGGUGCGACGCCCUCGUGACCGGCGAUCAGAGGCGAAGGAUGACAGCGAGAGAAGCCGGAGGUCGUCUUUGGCGUCGGGAGGAGGUAGCUCUCGCUAUUUGUCGGACACAUCUUCAGCCAACGAGAGUCGGGAGAAUCACACGCCGGUGAAGACGCCUCGAAGCAAAUGCCCCUCUUCUACUCGCUCUCCCGCAGGACUGCAGGCCGUGUCAAUGCGAGGGACGAACCCGUUCUUGUCUCCUUCGUCCGCGUCUCCUGAUCCUCCAACCUCCGCAGAGGCACCCGGCGCUGCAGCGUCUUCGGGCUCUGUCGCGGCCUCUAUCUUUCCUGUUUCUGCGCAGGCGACCAAGACGAACUGCGAAGCCUUCGGUUCGUCUCUCGGACACCCUUUCCAGAACAGCCGGUCUUCCGACUUGCCUGGCGUGAGAAGUGUUCCAAACUUGCGCCUUGCGACGCUCUCUGGAUCUUCCUCAUUCCUCUCCCGCACCCCCUGUAGCACUUCCAGUCUCCAGUCCACAUUUCCUCGGGCGUCCUCUCCUUCAUCUCUUCCAACCUCUUCAUCUGCUCUUCUUCUUCCUCCUUCAUCCACUCCUCUUCCUGCUACAUCUUCUCUUCCUGCUUCUUCUCCGUUUGCAAGUCCAGGCGCUUUGGUUUCCUCCGAGGCUGUACGGACACCGCCCUUUUCGUCUGCUCCGUCUGCCUCGCCGUUCGCAUCUUCGUUGUGUUCUUUCGACGGAAACUCUCGCCCUUAUCCUCUGCCGCUUGGGGCGUCUCUCGGCGACGAGGCGAUCCGCACUGCCCAGCCUUCGUCUCUCUGUUCACCAAUGCGUCCGCCGUCUCUCUUUCCUCCGCCUUCUCUGUCUUCUGUGUCGUCUCAUCCGCCUCUUGCUUCUCAUCCGCCUCUGGCUUUCCCAAAUGCCUCUCUCGCUUCUCAUCCGUCUCUCGCUUCCCAGGCUUUAGUCUGUAGUGGGGGUGAUCUUCGUCUUGGUCCUACGUCUUCGGCUAUCUCCCUUUUCUCUUCGGUGCCCACCAUGGGCCGCCCCGACGCACCGGGCUUCCACCCGUCGGGCUAUCCGUCGUCUGUCGUCUCUCGGCUUCCCCCCCACCUGGUUGCGCCUCAGUCGGUGCCUUUCUCGGGCUUUCCUUCUGCCGCUGCAUUCGUCCCGCCUCAAGACCGCCUCGUGGCGCACGGUCUCCAGGUGACUCCUCCCAACUUGGACGCGUCGCUUGCCGCCUCAGCGGAGUCGUACACGCCGUAUUCCCUCGCGGCACCAGCUAUCUUUCCCGGUGCCCCCGUAACUGAGCGGACGCUAGAUCUCCCUCUCCCGUUCGCCCCGCAGGAAUGUGUCUCCUUCGACUUGUACACCACGCGCCUCACGGCUCCCGCCAGGAGGCAUCUGCAUGCGCCAGCCUCGCGAAGGCGUCCGGUGGGGUUGCGGAAUCUCGGGAACACGUGCUAUCUGAACAGCUUCCUCCAGACCCUGUUCCUCUCCGACGCGUUUGUCGCGAAUCUGUUUCGAUUCUCCGGAAGGGCCCUUCCCGCGAACUCUGCCCCGUCUGCCGCGGCCUCGACAGAAAUCCCUAACAUGCCGCUCCUCCGUGAACUCCAGAUUCUCUUUGCCCAGAUUCUGCUCGUCUCUUCCUCUCCCGAAACGUACUACGACACGUAUGCCGACUCGGAUUCCGACGCGUCUUUUGUCCUUUCGCCCUCGGCGCUGCUCCGGGCCUUGCCUGCGGAGUAUCAGAAGCAGGCGCAACAGGAUGUCUCUGAGGCGGCGCGGGAGAUCUUCCAGGCUCUCGGCGGCCAGGAGGAGGCGCUGAUUCGGACUGUCUUUGCGGGACAAACUGCGCAGGUGGUGGAGUGCUGCGUGUGCCUGCGACAGAGCCGGCGCGAGGAAGUCAUCCACGACAUUGGGUUUCCAGUCCCCUCGCAGGCGUGGGUAGACGAACAGCGCGGCCUCCGCGAGCGAGAGGCGCGAGUGUGGCGAAAGGUCGCGGCAAGCGGCGCAAACGGCGUCUCCGCAGGAUUCGCCGCCACGGGGUUCGGCCCGGCGCUUGCGCAGGCGCCUCUCGGCUUUGUCGGCGACGAGCCGUCUUCGGAAUUCUGGGAGGGCCCGUCGCUUCAGGAGUUUUUCGAUGCGUUCGUGAAGAAGGAGCGGCUGUUUGGCGAGAACUCGUACGCAUGCGAGGUCUGCAAGGCGAAACGCGAAGCGUUGAAAUGGCAAGAGAUCGUUUCGCCUCCGGCGCACCUGAUUAUCAUCUUCAAUCGGUACUCGUGGUCGGUUUUUUCGAACGAGAAGAAGAAAACGUCGACGCAUGUCCACAUCAACAGAACACUCACGAUAGGGCCCUUCACGUACGAGCUGUACGCGGCGGUGAUUCACGCCGGCGCCUCCGCGAAUGUCGGGCAUUACUACUGCAUUGGACGAAGAUCUGAGACGUCUUUGCACCGGAGUGCGAAUGGAAACGGAGGAAAGAGACGCAGUCGCGCGGAAUGGUUCAAGUUCGAUGACAGCCGCGUCACCCCCGUCCACGAGGAGACGGUGAACGAAAUCAGCGCCGACGAACGCUCAGACGAUUCACCCUACAUGGUGUUUUACCGUUGCGUACAGGCGCCGCCCACCUCCGCGUGUUUGGUUCCGAGAAAGCUCCUCAAACUCGCGCAAAGGAGACUGGAUGAAGACUGA